UUGGCCCUUCUGCUUUAGUUGUAAUGCAUUAGAAAAUUCUUUUUUUCGAAAAACUAAUUUUCAAAAGCGAAUUUUUCUGAUUGUAUUUUGGAUAAGAUCAAGUGAAGUACUCCUGGAAACAAAGUUAGAAAUCAUGCAAAUUCUUCAUUUGUGGCGAUUAGAUAAUCUCUGUCCAUCUGUAAUAAAAGAAAGAACUUGAGAUAAGUCCCCGCAAUUGCCGCAAAAUGUCAGCCACGAAACUUCCAAUUGAAAAUGCCAAACCCACACCAAAGCAUUUCUUUGGCGUACGACACGUCCAAAUCGGGUUGAUGUUCUUCUCGAUUAUAAUUUUUUACGCACAGAGGACGUCCAUGUCCGUUGCUAUCAUCGCAAUGACCGACGAGACGCCCCCAAGCCCUAACAUACCCACGUACCCAAAAUGGGACAAUACUGACAUAAUUUUGUCGUCAUUUUUCUGGGGGUACAUUGUCCCACAAGUCGGUGCCGGCCAACUGGGCGAAUAUUUCGGCCCCAAAUGGUUCCUCUUCACCACCAUGACCAUUGGUUCCAUUUUCAAUAUUUUGGUACCAACAAUGGCCGAAGUUAUGGGACCCACUGGGGUUAUAAUAUGUCGGGUGGUGCAAGGCUUGAACCAAGGUUUUCUCUACCCAUCCACAAACAAUUUGAUUAGUAAAUGGACCCCAUUGUACGAACGGUCACGAGUUUCAAGUUUUGUGUUCGGUGGUUCAAAUGUUGGUAUUAUCUUGUCUAUGAUUUUUACGGGGGCCCUUUCGGGCUCUAGCUGGGGUUGGCCUUCAGCGUUUUACAUUUAUGGGGCUGUUGGUAUUUUAUGGGCCAUUAUUUUCGUAAUUUUCGUGGCCAAUUCCCCAGCGCUUCACCCAAGUAUUUCAGAUGAGGAAAGAGAAUACAUCGAAAGUAACAAUUCGUGUGAUAGUGGUGAAAAAAAGAAAGUACCAACACCUUGGAAACUAAUCGCAAGGUCGCUCCCAGUUUGGGCCGUUUUGGUCACGUCCUGUGGGAACAGCUGGGGUGGUUUCACCCUCCUGACGGAAAUUCCCAGCUACAUGAGCAACAUCAUGGGCUUUGAUAUCAAUUCAAAUAGUCAACUAUCGGCCCUCCCGUACCUUGCCAUGUUCAUAGUGGCCAUGGGCAGUGCCCCAAUUGCCGACAAAUUAAUUUCGAAUAAAAUUCUCACGAUUGGAACAACUCGAAAAAUUUUCAAUUCUAUGGGUUGUCUAAUCCCAGCAGCUGCCUUAUUCAGCCUUGGUCUGGUCGACAGUUCGCAGAAAGACUUAGGAACAGUUUUGCUAGUUAUUGCUGUUGGUGCUUGUGGUUUUGUCUAUUCUGGAGCUUUGGUUAAUUUGGUAGACUUGGCCCCAAACCAUGCUGGUACUUUGUUGGGUAUUACCAACGGUACGUCCACGAUUUUUUCGAUUUUGGGGCCUUUAUCAGUCCAGUUCCUCGGAAGUGAUAAGAAAGACCCGAUUUUGUGGAGGAAGGUGUUUUGGCUAACUGCUGGGAUUUACGUCGGUUGUGGUUUGUUCUACGCCAUAUUUUGUUCAGGGGAGUUGCAAGAGUGGAAUGGGGAGGAAGACAAAGUGGACAGGAAAAAAUCUGAAAGUAGUACAAAUAAAGAAAAAAGCCCUGUUUAGUUUUUAUCACAGUGAUAAAGUUAAGAACAAGUGACAUUAUAGUAAUGUUUUAUUUAUUUUUUGUAAUAAAAUAAUACAAAAUCA